UGCUGUGCCCGAGUCGUUGCUACCCGUGUGGAGCGGUUGCUGUGUUGUACCUUCCGCAGAAGCAAAAAUGGUGUAAUAAACCGUGUUUGGUCGGAUAGAUUCAUUGGCAACAUUAACCAAUAUCGAACGAAUUGGUGAACAGGUGCAGCAGUGCUUUUGGGUUCUUUUACCCUCUUGAUCAUCCUCUAGUUUCAGGUUGUAAUUGGCUGAGCACCAAUUUGUUAAAAGUUUGAACCAUCGGAAGGGAUGAAAAUAAGAGUUCCAUGUUCGUGUGCAUGUAUGUGUGCUGUGGCUAACAGUGAGGGAGGCAGAAAAAUAUUAAUAGUUUGACAUUCAUAAUUUUUUUUUGCGGGAGCGACGUUGUGAAUUGAAAAUUCGCCCAGGCAGUCAUGUGAAGUGAAUGAUGAAAAUGGACAUUUGAAGCUCAAAAAACUUUACAAAUAAUUAUGCCUUCGAAUUAAUUAACUAAUUUGAGUCGGGUACGAGUUCGACGAUCAUCCAUGGCGUUUGGUCACCGAGGACGAGGGUCGAGUAAUAGGCACAUAACCUUCAGGGAUGACAAGUAGUGCGCGAGUGUGAAUUUUUAAUAAAGUUAUUGAUUGAAAAAUGAGAAAGUAGCACUCGUUUGACUGAGGGUUAAGGGGGAAAGCUAGUUGGGAUGAAGGACUUCUCAUUAUUACUGACGCUCGUCGUUUGAUUUUCCAUCGUUCCCUUUUUCUUUGUUCCGAACUUGCUCACUUUUGGACGAACGGUUGCUUGUUUUGGGGAAAUGUUUGUGACCUAGAAAUCACAGUGUGGUGUAAUAUUCAGUAAUGAAGUGCUAUGUAAUGAAUGUUAUUUGCUAUCUUUGAAUGGAGGAUGCCUACUCUGGAAGCGGUCGUGAUGUGAAUAUUAUGAUUCGAUGGUGUUUAAGGCAGUAACCCUUUGUUCGUGCUCAACAACGUUUUGUCCAACAAAACAUAUUUGAUCGCGAACAUCCUCAAUCCAAUGGCAAGGAACAUUUCACGACACACGAAGAGGGGAGGAAGCUUCGCGCUCGGAUGAUGGAGGCAGUACUAAUGCACUUUGGCAAUACAAUUAGUAACGGUAGCGAGUCGAGUGUCAGGCGGGAAUCAACCUCCGAAAUGCCAAACGGAGAUGAUUGAACUAGCAGCAGUCAAACUUGGAUUUAUGUCGCACCUAUCGAUCGAUUUUCGAGAGGAGGUUUGAUUGAAAAUCAAAUAUUUAACGCAAACCAAAAAAACAGUUCAAGGCAAGGCAAUGUGGGAAGGAUACACUGUUGUGUCAAUUUGGUGGUCUGCACCUGGUCCAGUUCCGUGUCAGGAUGUGAAAAAGUAAUCUAACGGCACUAUGGCGACUUGAUGGGUAGUUGUUGUUCCAGUAGUUGUGAGUAGUUGGAAGUAGUUGUUAUAGUGCUUUUGUAUGUUUUCUAACGAUGAUGAUGACGAUGAUAGUGAUGAUGGAAGAGGCAUUGAAUAGAAAGUUAAUCCUGAUGGCCAAUGAGGUGUAGCGAACGCUCGUAUAGGUCGACUUAAGAACGAAGUCGAACGAACUAAAUCCAAACAGUGGUGGGUGUGUUUGUUCGAAGUGAAGAUGUGGCAGCUGACAGCGAUCAUUUUUCUAUACGCAGUACAAAUUGGAUUAGCUGUAAAAAGCGGACACUCGAAAUCAAUGGCAGCCGGCCGAUUGGAGAAUGUCACACAAACUAUAUCUAGGAUAUUGGAAGGUUACGACAUCCGGUUGCGACCCAAUUUUGGCGGUGAGCCACUAACCGUAGGAAUGGAUCUGACAAUAGCUAGUUUUGAUGCAAUUUCAGAAGUUAAUAUGGAUUACACGAUAACGAUGUACCUAAAUCAGUACUGGAAGGAUGAGCGAUUGGCCUUCAACGCCUACUCGAUAUGGGGCGGCACGGGGACGGGAGGAACGGGUGGCAAUCAGUACGAUCAGAACGGUGACAUCGUGAUUGAGGACGAUGGCGCGAACGAUGUGAUAACACUGUCGGGGGACUUUGCGGAGAAGAUCUGGGUGCCGGAUACGUUUUUCGCUAACGAUAAGAACAGUUUCCUGCACGAUGUGACCGAGCGGAACAAGCUGGUGCGGCUGGCCGGGGACGGUGCCGUCACCUACGGGAUGCGAUUCACCACAACGCUCGCUUGCAUGAUGGAUCUGCACUACUAUCCGUUGGACUCCCAGAAUUGCACCGUGGAAAUCGAGAGUUAUGGCUACACGGUGUCGGACGUGGUGAUGUAUUGGCGCUCAACACCAAUCCGAGGCGUGGAGGAAGCGGAACUGCCACAGUUCACUAUAAUAGGUUACGAAACUAAUGAUAGGAAAGAAAAAUUGGCGACCGGAGUUUACCAGCGGCUGUCGCUAUCGUUUAAGCUGCAGCGUAACAUUGGAUACUUCGUGUUUCAGACCUACCUGCCCAGCAUACUGAUCGUGAUGCUGUCCUGGGUGUCAUUUUGGAUCAACCAUGAAGCCACCUCGGCCCGAGUUGCAUUGGGCAUCACAACGGUGCUCACGAUGACCACCAUCAGCACGGGAGUGCGGAGUUCGCUGCCUAGGAUUAGCUACGUUAAGGCCAUAGACAUUUAUCUGGUCAUGUGUUUUGUGUUUGUGUUUGCGGCGCUCCUCGAAUACGCCGCUGUCAACUACACCUAUUGGGGAGCGCGAGCCAAGAAGAAAAGUAAAAAGAAUAAAGAAGCGGAGAAGAAGGUUUCAAGAAAACAGGAGAAUAGUGCCGGUUGCUCAUCCGAGGACAUUAUCGAGCUACAAGACGUAAGGAUGAGUCCGAUCGCGUCGCUACGAAAUCGCCACUAUUCCAAUACCACUUCCUCGACGGGUGGAGAGGGUGUAGACUUAGCAAAAUUUCCGCCCAGCUUCCGAAUCGCGCGCCCUUACGGAUCGAGUAAUCGAUCGAGUGGGCUACGCUACAGGGGCAACAGAGGUCACAAUCGACCCAAGAUGCUGCACGCAAUCAAGCGUGGCGCAUCGGUUCUCAAGGCGUCUAUCCCAAAAAUCAAAGACGUCAACGUGAUCGACAAAUAUUCGCGGGUGAUUUUCCCGGUGAGUUUUGCCGCAUUUAACGCCGGCUACUGGAUCUUCUACGUUCUGGAGUGACCUUCAGUGAACUAGCCGGAAGCGUAGUAAGACACCGAAGCCAGUAGAAGUAACACGAGUCGCGAUGGGAUCCAGUUUGCGACGAUAACACCCGUAGUUACCAUGACAAGUGUAUCGUGUGCAUCGUAGCAAGCUUAACCAUUCCUCGCUGAGCCAAAACGGCGACCCGGAACAUCCUCCUAUUCUCUGAGUUCUCGUGAGUGUCUUGUACCUCGUUUUUUGGAAUCCGGUUAGUUCAGAAUCUCGGACACUUAGAUUUAGUCGAAAACCAAAUUUUAUCAAUUGAAAAAAUUAUAAGCUACCCUGCAAAGGUAGGAGAUCAUGGACAUAAAAUCCCAACAUAAGAAAAAAAAAAUCAGAGAUCACAAACAUGGUUAGCAUGUCGACAUGUAAAGCACAAAAAUAUCCGUCAUAAAUUAAUGGUAGCUGCGUUUUAAGGACAAAUUUAGAUAACAAUGGUUACAACCCUAACACAAAAUUAGAGACCGAAUGCGAGACUCAGAGUCAUUUAGAGUAUAUAGGUUUUAGUUUGUUGGCUGACAGAAUCGGAAAGCGAAGAACGUUAGGAAUUGAGAAGUUGAGGUUGAGCUCCAUCAUCUAAUUAUGAAUCAUGUUGAAGAUAUUUUUAUGUAAGCUCAUUUCAAGUCAACCGACGAAAACAAAUGUGAUGGAAGAAUAGUGAGAACAUCAGAAAAUAAGCAUAAAGGGGUCAGAAUUAGAUGAAAUUGAUGUGAAUAUGGUUGGUUCGUUAUUGGCACUGCUUUUUUUCAUAUUACUUCUCAAAUGCUAUGGAAAUUUUGUUUUGAAAAACUGUGUUUAUUAUAAACACAUCUUUUCAGUCUUUCUCCAUACCUUCCUACCAGCAACAGCAACUUGCCAAACGAGGAGCUUUUUCGAGAACUCCGUUUUCUGUUUGACGUGAACAGGGUCUUUCAGAUUAAACGCUCACGCAACAAAUUUUAAUAACAUCUAAAUUUUAGGACAUUUUUGAUGUGACCUCACCCCUUUUUUCGAUAACGCAUUUUAAACGGUGAACAAAAUUCUUCAUGCACAACUCUAACAUUACGACUUCGAUGCUGUUGAAAAUCCGAGUUAUUUCUUCUUUAAGUUCUUCCAAAUUUUGUGGCUUAUUAACAUAGCAACGGCUCUUCACGUUCCUCCAGACAGUCUUCCGAAAAACACUUACACAUGUCCACGCGAUGUGAAAAUUCCAUGUUUUUGUUUCAAUUCGAACAUGAUUUUCGCUAAUGUUGAAUGUCUAUCCCAAACACAAACAAUGAUUCACAAACAUAAACAUGUGAAAACAAACACGAUGUUUAUAAUUCAAGAACAUCAUGUACAAACAUAUCACCCGAUGCCGCAGUAUUCAUUGCUUUCGUCUCGUUUCUUUUCAUACACGGAAAGAAAUUAUUCAUCCCAAAACAUCUCUUCAUAGAAUACUUUUUCACAGAAACGAACUUGAAAUUUAGUUCGCAUUACAAAAGUUGCACGUACUAAAAGGCUAUGAGUUCAUGCACAUUUUGCAAGUCUGAUUAAAUAAUCCUUAGUUUCGUGCAAAGAAAACAUUCUCUGAAUAGAAAGAAGCUUUCUAUGAGAAUUUUUUCGUGUGCAUGUUGGCAAUUGAAGUCUGGGGAACCGACUGCACAGCGGGCGACGUCGAACAAAUGCUGACCAAAAAAAUAAAUACCCAAAAAUUAGUUUUAGAUGCAACCUUCAGCGGCACACAGCAGAUAUAUUUCAGCGGCUAAAACACACCUCUAAUUUGUCGAUGUUAUCACAAACUGAAUGAAGGAAAAAACUUGAAGUUACACUUACACUACACUACAUAUGCUAUGUGUGCAUGUGAUUGCAUCAUCCUUUCUUCUCCUCUUCUUCGCUCGUUUUAUAGCUCGGGUCGCGUUCGCCGCGCACAAGCAGUAUUGGCCAUUUGUAUUCAAAGAUACAGCCAAAAUUGUUGCUCCCGUGGUCGAGUGAUUAGCGUCACGCCUAACAUGUCACUGCUGAAUAAUUUUGGUACUUUAUAUUCGAUUAAAAUUAUAGAAAUAUUGUAAUCAAAAUUUGUUGUGGGUAACUAAACAUCUCCGCCACGCUCUAUCCAAUUUUAGUACUUGUUCAAAUAGCUAAUUACAUCGUAUGUCCAAACAUACUACGAAUACAAACAUGUCACAUUUUCAAACAUAGGUACGAAAAAAUCAUGUUUGUAUUCAAACACAAAACUGCAAAUAGCAGCGUGGACAUGUUUAUCCCGGACGCAGUGUUUUUUGUGAAACAUGGAAGAAUGCCUCCAGAGGUAGAGGCGAAUGAACUGAAAAGUUUAAAGCCUCUUUAAUUCAACAUCAUCAUUACCUCCAGAGGAAGUAAUCGACGACGAGUAAUACGAUUGCACUAACAAUACACGCUCUUGUAAAUUGUACAUCUUGACACUAAAACCCAUCCUAUCAGACUGAAAUAGUAGUCGAAUAUUAUCGUCCCGAAGUGUGGAAUGCAGUGUUACCCAAUGAGGUACAUAUAGAGGUGGAGCAGUAGGCGAAGGCGAAAAAAUUUUUUAAGAGUAGCUAUUCGAUUUUUUUGCGUGAGUGUUUAAUCUGAAAACCCCUGUACUACAUCUUUCAUUGGGGGUGACAAAUAAGGAAAUAUGUUACUUUUCAUACGAAAUAGUUUUAACGACGAUAACUACUUUUACAAUAGGCUUUUGGUUAUUUGCAUACAAAAAAAAUCAGAAUUUUGACGUAGAACUACGUCUUUCAUAAAAAGUGGCAAAUCAGAAAACAGGUCACGCUCUUAUGAAAUAAAGUUAACGUUAAUAACUAUUUUCAAUGUGAACGAAUUCUCAUGAUUUGCAUACCAAUCGAAUCGGGAAUUCUCUAAGAUUUGUUUGAUAUGCUAUACAUUACAAUUCGCUAAUUUCUAAACGGUUUAAAUUCAUGAAAACUGGAGGAACUUCUAUUUUUCCCAUACCGAUUUGUAUGCUAACCCUAUUCGUAUUUUGAAUGCUUCUAACUCGAACAUUUCUUAACAGAUCGGAAAGAUGUUUGCAUCAAUUGAUAGGAAAUAUUUCUACGCGUCUAUCACAAUUAAUAAAAUGUUAUUCUUCAUGAGAUGAGCAAUUGAAUAACUGUAAAAUGUGAAACGUUACCGAUUUACGGUUUCCCCAACACUGAUCUCAAAAUCGAUGUACCUGUGGAAAUCCGCUUUGUAAAUAUACAUCCCUAACACGGACUUCAAAAUCAAUAUGCCUGGGGGAAUCUGCUUUGCAAAUACAUGCAAGUCGGGAGUAUUUUUCGGUGUGGAGUACUUUUGUGCUCGCUUGUCGUUGUGCAGACCGGAAUAUGUUUCCCUAAAACGUACUUCUAAACUGAGAAGCCUGGGAAAAGCGUCAUUUCAGAUACUAGAGGUGAAUGAACUUUCGCGGUUCGAGAACUACGUAAGCAUGAGAUAUUCAAUAAUUUCAGAGGGAAAUGUGAUCGUUUGACAAUUCUUCCGUUCACAUAUUUUGGUAGUCCUAGGCAUCAUAUCAAAGGUAAAAGGACGUUCAUCUAAUUUUUUUGUAACGAAGAACAUAAUAUAUUACAAAAAUUUCGAUGUAUUCUAAAAUAAUAUUCGAAGUGGUAAACCCUUACAAUUUCUCUAACAUUGAUAUGCUGUACAUCGUUAUUGCCUAGUCCUCAAAUAAUGAAUAAUUUAUGGACUAGGGAAUGGCGAUGGAAACGUAAAAUUAUUGGUGCGGCGAGGCACAUUUUCUAUAAUCCAUCAGUUCGUUUUAAAUGCAAAAACAGUGGUUUAUUUAUUUAUUUAUUUGUUAUUAUAUAUUAUUAUAUAAUUUAUAUAAUUUUGAUUAUUUAUUUAUUUACUCUUAUUUGUUUAUUCGACACUUCUCAACUAGCUAAAUCUAGCCUGGAAAUUUCACCUGCCACCGUACUGAUUAAUGCCAAACGAGGACUAACGCUUGCAUUAGAAAAAAUGGACAGUUGGUCAGAACUUUCGCCAUUGCUGUCGAAUACUUAGGGGCUGUCCACAUACCCCGUGGACAACUUUAGGGGGGUAUGGGUAAUGCAAAUGUCCACGCUUGUCCAUGGUGAGGGGGGAGGGGGUAUAGAAUAAGUCCACGUGGACACGUUCAAUAAAUAUGUUCGAAAAAAUAUACUCAAAAUGGAAUCAGUUCUGCAUUUAUGUUCUGCAGAUAUCUACAGGAACAGGUUCAAUGAAUUAUUCUGGAAAACACAUUCACAUUUAUAUUCAAAAAUGAAUGAUGUUCUGCAUUUUCAAGAGUGUUCAAAUUUUCUAUCCACCCUAAAUACGUAUUUAUUUAAAAAGGGGUUUAGCUAUCCGGUCGAACAUCCAAUUUUUUUCACAUAAUUGAACUUCUUAUUUAAAAUGUGUAUCCUUAAACUAAUUCACAUAAAUCGAAGAGAUUUGACGCUGAAGUAGAAAAUUUACAUAACAGAUCAUUAGAGAGCAUAGAUUUUUAGUGAUUUUAGAACCUGAUGUGUAUAUUUUUAUUUUUCUACAUAGGUAACAUAGCUAGGCUACUGAAAACCAAUCUUUCGCUUGAGUGGCUUCCAACUUCGAGCAACGUAAAUUUCUGAGCAACCUUCUAUUAGCGCAUAAACUGAAUAUAUGUUCCAAGCCCUGGACUACGUGAGGGAAAACUUGACACAGCAGAGACAAAGACAUCAAAAAUUAAUAUAAUAAUAAUUUAAUAAUGUAUCAUGUUUAAGUUUGUCUGUUUUUUUAAAUCACUUACAGAUAAGUAGAGGGAUCGUUUUAGCGUUUUGUAUUCAAGGUUUCUCUUAAUUACAGCCCCAGAGAAAUUUUGUUAUAUUUUAUCACUUUUGGUAUACCAGAUAGGUAAAUUGAAAUUGACCGGUUCAUGCUAUAGAUGUUUCAAGCAGGGUUGUAUACAGUCCUUCGAUUGUAUAUAUAUAUAUAUAUAUAUAUAUAUAUAUAUAUAUAUAUAUAUAUGAUUUAAUUUGAUAUUAAAGUUCUGUAAAACAUAUUCAGUGUAGAAAAAAUGUCGAGUUUCGUUCCGAAUGAAGAGUAUUUGCUAUUUUGUUUUUUUUUAAUUUCAAGGAAAAAGCGGUCGAAGAACAUCAUUUGCUUUUGGCAGCUUGGUGAACAUGCUCUUGCAAUGAAAACAUAUGAGAGAUGAUUUCGGUAGUUCAAAAGAGGUAAUCUCGAUCUGAGGGACCUUGGAUGUUUCGACCGAAAUACGUCUCUGUGUAUGUUGGACCAGAAGGGUGCGGUAUACCCUGAGCUACCGGAUGAAACAGCGAAUAAAGAUCGCUACUGACAACAAAUUGUAAAUUAAAACUUAGCAUUGAUGAAAAAAAGAUUGGAAUGGACUCACGGCACAGGAAAGUGAUAUUACUGAAAUUGUUUUCUCCAUCGAAAAAAAACGACAAUUUCAACUCGCACACCUGGUAUGUUGGCUAUCUUCGAAGUACCCGAAGUACUGUGUAUGAAUUCCUCAUCCAAAAUCUAGGGCUCAGUUGCAAUGAAAAAUAGAAUAUCUAGAAUACGAGUUGCAAUGUACUUUAGACAUGAUUAACUUGAUGGGAUGUGGAUUUUUCAGAUAAUCGGUGGGGGACUUAAAUAUGAUCAGAACCGUCGUCAUGCAUCAUAAUUUGGCGGUGAUAUGUGUGUAAUACUAUAAUCUUUUGUUGUAAACUCAAAAUCCACGGUUUGAAUACCCAUAUUAAUCAAGCAUUUAAAUUUAUAACUUCGUACGAGUUGUAUGCAACUAGAAGACUAGUGGAAUUUAUAUUUUAUGAAAAUAUUUUUCUAUGAGUUUUCGAGCAUUUUUGGACAAAUUCAAAAUAUUGUUUUCAUCGAUGACAUGUUCUAGUUGUCGCUUCAAUAUUUGAGGGUUGUCUUGUAUUAAAAGUUUCGUGAAUGAAUAGGCCUCAAUCCGUUGAUUAAUUUGUCUUUUUCUUCAAAGAGGAAUGUCCACGUGGACAACAGGGGGAGGAGUGUGGUCAAUGUCCACGCUUGUCCACGGAGGGGGAUGGGGGAGUCUAGAAUCGUGCGUUUUAUGUCCACGUGGUAUGUGGACAGCCCCUUGCAUGUUGGCAUAUUUUUCAAAUUUUUCUUACCUUUAUUUAUUAGUUCCUCUUCCGUUUUCACCACGAAGUUGUUGGAGUAGACCCUCCGUUUCAGGCUUGUUCAAACAUUCUAGAUCGAACGCAGCUACGUUAUGUUCGGAGGGUUGGCAGACUUCGGAACAACACUUCAAGUGGUUUAUCUCCUCCAGCGACUUCUUCGCGUAAUGGACGGAGGCCAGGUCCCGCAAAAGAUGAAGAUGAAGGAGGCAAAUGUUUCAAUUUAUAUUCAAGUGUGUAGGUAUUGGUGCCUACCAUACAUUCCAUGAUUUUCAUAUGUAUGUGUGCAAGCGCUGAGCGUAAACGAAUGUUUUUGUAUUUUUCAUGCGUUAAGUUUCUAUAAGACCAGUUACAUUUUCCGUUGUUUUAGUUGUUUCGAUCAAUAAAUAUGGAAGCCGAAGGAAAAGUGCUGACGGAGAGAGAAGAAAGGCAAAUCGAUGCAUUUCAACAAGAAAAUGUUGGUGUCAGAGAAAUUGCUCGUCGGAUUGGACGAUCCCAUCAAGUAGUGCUCAAUUAUUUGGCGAAUCCUCAAGGAUACGGUAAGAAGAAGACAGCUCCACGAUAAUCGAAUUUCUCUGACCGGGAUAAGCAGGAAAUAGCUAGAACAGCUUCGAAUACCUUAAAAUCGCUUAUGCAAAUAAAGCAAUAUUUCAAUUCAAAUGUUGCUCGGGUGACAAUUCGUCAAGUUUUGGUGAGAAAAUCCUCACAUAAAUAGGGCUUAAGGUUUCUUCAAAGCUCGCAUGAACCGACAGUGGGACAUGGUAUGUUGUGACAAAGAAUGUUUCCAAAAGAAUACAUUAUGCUACAUACCAUGAAGAAAAGUUGUUCAAUGUAUAGGUUAUCUUCACUGACGAAAAAAUGUUCAAUUUGGAGGGUCCUGAUGGUUUCAACGGGUACUGGCGUGAUUUACGGAAGAAGUCAGAGUAUUUUUGAACCAGGAAUUUUGGUGUAGUUUUGAUUUUUUCAUUGAUAAUACUUAUGAAUUUCGAAAUGUUCUUAUAGAAACUGGACAGUUGAAAUUAUCAUAUUUAACCCAUUUUAGGCGUUCGAAACAUCGAACAGCAACUUUGAUAAUUUUUCAUGCCUUUGGAAAGCAACCAUAUGGUAAUUUUUUUUACACCAAAAGCUUAAUUUAAUUGUCUAUCACUUACUAUCAUGUUCAUUCAAUUUUGUAUAACUUUAUUGGGCAAUAAAUUCGAUAUAAAGCGAGUAUGUUUGGAAGAUGUGUUCAAUUUCAAUUAUAAAACCCAAUAAAAUACAAAUAUAUGUGAACUUUUCUACACUAUUAUUUUGAUUAAAAAAACAUACAUUGUGAUAUAGGUCAAAAAUAAUUUGAUUGAGUCUCCUACAGGAAAAUAACAGCCGGAAAAAUUGAGUGUUAGAAAAAUCGAACGUUGGCCAUAACGAACAUUUUUUUCUGCUACAUCAAUACCAACACAUCUCACUUUCGCAGCGCAUUUCGGUUUGUUUACUUUGGAAGACGGAAGGUUUUUCAUAGGUUUAGCAAAAAUUAUUGAAAAUCUGUAUGAUUUUUGACGUAGAACUACGUCUAUCAUUAUGGGUGCCAAAUCAGAAAACAGGUCACGUUUUUAUGAAAUAAAGUUAACGUUAAUAACUAUUUUUGCCGUGAACGGAUUCUGGCGAUAUACAUACCAAACGAAUCGGAAAUUCUCUAAGAUUUGUUUGAUAUGCUAUGCAUUACAAUCCCAUAGUCUGUAUAUGGUUUAAAUUGAUGAAAAUUGGAAGCAUUCCCAUUUCCUCAUACAUUUGUUCUGUCCAUUUGUGUUCUUUCCCGAAUAAGGCGUUCAAUAACGGGCAACUUAUCGAGCAACGAAGGGGAAAUCGUAAGAUGUCUCCGUGAACAAAGGAAAAGAAGAAGAACGAAGGGGAAUAUUUGCCUAGAGUAUAAACAGUGGAUCUUGCUGAGGCAAACUUCAUUCUUCGUGAGGACACCGACUGGACAACACCGUUGCUGGGCGAGCUGGACGGCGGGGGAUCGAAUGGUUUUCUCAAGGCAAUGAGGGUGGAGGAGUAAUAUGAGAAAAGAGUAGAGUUUUCCAAGGGCCUUUUUGAAGGCUAGAAUCGAAUGAAGUGAAGGAGUUUAAAGCCUCUUUAAUUCAACAAAGAAAGGAAGGAAAGGCAAACUUUCAGUAUCGUCCUGGAUACGAAACAAUGAACAUCGCUUGUUCUUCCUUGUUUUGCACCAUCACAUGUCUUCGUUUCGGACUGAGCUGCGGACGCGACCAAAUUACUUACUCGCUGAUGUCUCUGGCAUUGAAUUCAUUGUAUCAAACUGACGCCAUUGCAUUGAUGUUUUGAGCUACACAAUUGGGGAAUUGUCAAGCUAGGCUAUCGUCAGCUCACCAAGAAAAUAAAUGUUCUGGAAUUUUGUCAGUGAUUUGGUUUCGCAUGACGGUAGGAAAACUCUCUCCACAAAGGAUGACAGAUACGUCAGGGUAUUAGAAUCUCUGCUGAGGCUAAUAUUCAGCCUUUUUCCAAGCAGUUAACAUUGUUUGUUUUCCGUCAUCAUAAAGGCUUCGUUGGUGCCUUUGACAUUGCAUCAAUGCAUUGAAUUGACACUAUGGUGAAGCAGGUGUUAAGGUUGUGCACCAAAAAAUUAUUUGGGGAAUACCAAGUUAUUCAAUAAAUUAUAAUAAGUCAUAAGUUAUCUAGUCACCAAGAAAGUAAAUGUCGUUCUGGAAUUUUGUAUGUGAACUACAACGUAGUUCUACGUCAACAAUGCGGUCGUGUCUUGAACACAACCUCCUAUAAUUUUUUGUCCGUAAUAACCUUAGGUGAUGGCGGCCCGUAGAAUUUCGUGAGUGGAGAAGCUGGAGGAAAUGAUCAGUACGUGUAACGAGGAUUCUAAUGAAAUUGCUGGUGUAAAUAUUCUUCCGCCAGACCGAAUGAUACCCUCCCAACCCUCUAUGCCAUUGUUUUUUCCCAUCAUUUUGGUACUUUGCACUGCUGUUCUACGCAUAGUUGUCCCAUGUUCCUAAAUCAGCAACUGAGAAAAACGCAAUCAAAAUUUUCUAACAUAUUUGUCUACCAAAACCUUGAAGCUUUCCUAUUUAGCAAUAUACUGGGUUUUUUUUUAUAAGCAGAAAACUAUUGUUUAAUAAAAUAAAAUUUCCUCAAUCCAUCCAUCUUAGCUACGGGUUUAAAAAUUCAUGGUGGGAUACUUAUGCCUAGAAUAUCAAUAUGGGACAAUUGAGCUUGAUGUUGUUUUCUGAAAUACCGGAGACAAACAAUAAGUUCGUUUGUGUUUUCCGAAAGAGUAUGCAUAACUGUUAAACUGUUAAACUUUUUUUAUUUGUUUGAAAAUUAAUUCGUUCUUUCAAACCAGAAAUGACUGUGGUACAGUUAUGCUUAGAAUAUCAACAUGGGACAAUUGAGAUUGUUGUUGUUUUUUUAGAAGCUGUGAACAAACUAAAAGUUUUUUUGUGUUAUUCCGGCAGAUUAGGUGUAAAAACAUCGUUUUAUGAAGAAAAGUGAAAAUUACCAAAAAGUAACAUGGGAUAACUAUGCGUAGAAUGGCAGAGCAGGUUUUGGGAGAUGUUCGAUUUUACGGGAAAUGAAUAAUUGAGAAGAAAUAAUCCUUAAGCAUUGACAAUUCUCCACGGCCAACAUUUUUAUUGCACAUGCUUUCAAUUGAGGGGCUUAGAAUGAAAGGGGUGUAAGUGAUUUGAUCGAUUUCUCUACAUCGACUCUCUCUUUGGGUCAUAACACAUUCCCAGCUGUAUUUACCAAAAUAGGUCAAAACCUCAUCUAUCGGAUUCUAUAGCAAACUUAAAUUGGAAAGUUUUUGCAGUUGAGUUAUUAACUAAAUAAAAAAAAAUAGAGGGAGAGAAAACUUUGCUAAUUUGCUAAUUGAAACGAUAUUUCGUUAGCAGUAUGUUUGUACUGCCAAAAAAAAUGCGGGUUUCGGCCAAUGUUCGAUAUUUCGAACAGUAAUUUCCCGGAAAAUGGAAGGUGGGAAAAAAAUAAUUCUUGAACAUUGGGGUUUCUUUAACGUCAAUAAUCGAAAUUACUUCAAUGGCUUUCGUCAAUUACAAUUUUUACAAAAUUUUUACAACUUGGCCGUUAAUGGGUUAAGCACAAUAAAUAAACAAACAACUCUUUUGAACGAAAUUGACGUUAAAUGCACUUUAUUCUGAGCAUUCAACAAUGUAUGAAUGUAUCUUGUUGAAAUUCUAACUGUUUGUGUUGCAACAAAAUGGAAUUAGGGCGGUGUUAUAGAAUUUGGACGAGUGUAUAUCCAUGGUCAUGUUCUCUUCUAUCCUGGCCAGGCAAUUGUCGGACAAUCGCGCGGGGAACAUGAGACCUUCUCCAUGUUCAACGCCUUUUGCACUUCCAUAACCGUCUUCGAGACAGUUAAAAUUCCAGAGAGGCUACUGGAACAAUCGAUGAUGGUGAUUAAGCUGAUACUCCGUUUGCGCUAGGUGCUGAGCGUUGUAUCCUAUGUCCGUGGUGCAGACUGCUCGGUAUAGCACACUUUGGUUGACGCAUCAUGCGAAGUACUCGCGCAUUUUUCGUACUUGGGCAUCAUUCAGUGCAUGAAGCCUCCCUUCUUUACGUGAUAGUGUUACUCUCUCCGAUUGAGGAUAGUGCAUUCCUGUAUGAAACCUCCUUUCAAGAUCUUAUAGGCCAGUUUCGCUCAAUUUGACUGCUCCAAAACCGAAGGUCAGCAGGAAAACCGUGAAAGUGUUGAUCGCGCCUACCUUGCACCCCGCGUUCAGGAAAGUCUUCAGGAGUCUUCAGUCGGAGUGGCGACCACGUAGCUUCCACUUUAUUCCACUACUGAGGUGCAGAGACAUGCUACACUGCCCCAUCGCAUACUACAGGAACCUCACGUCAGCGAGAUCUACUUCAUGGAUCUUCAAUACCCGGACGAAAAACCAGUGCGGUAUAGAGCCAUAAGCCUUCCGAUAUAUUUCGAUAUAGCCCAUACUGAGAUUCCAUUGGUUGAAGACAUGAAGGACAAACAGCGCACUGCUUGUCCGACUACAGCUGCGUCGAUGAUGGCCUGGUCUUUGCACUGUUGCGUAUUUUUCUUGCAUCCUUUCUACUCUUCUGCGGGGAUGUUGUACUGUUCGCAGUGAGCAGAAACUUUAGCAGUCUUGACGAAAAAUAGUUCAUACAAACACGAUAGGCAUGUUAUCGGUCUGUAUUUUUUCAAGGCCCCGGGGAGGCGGAUUCAGAAAGGCAGUGUGCGUCACGUAGAACCUUGUUGAAUCACUCAGCUAUCUUAGGAUGUAGAUGGUGUGCAAUUAAGUGAAUUAAGCCGUUUUUCUUUUACAUUCCGUUCGAAUUAAUACAUUAUUCAAAGUAUUGCCCAUCGAUACGUUUUGCAUCUUUUUGACAAUUUACGGAUUCCGUCGCGAAAGAAAAUAGCUGAUGAAAGAAAGGAUCUCGUAAUUUGCACUAUCUAGGCAUAGCAGACUUGGAGUUAUUAAUUCCUCAACUAUACACGUGAGACACGUCUUAACACUUUGGCGUCCGACGACACCACAGUGGUUACGCACGCAAACUAGCGCCUGACUGCCGGCGACACCACAGUGGUUACGUGCGCAUAGUAUCUCAGUGGCCGGCAAUUGAGUAUCAUUUGCAUUCUGUUGGGGUUUGAUUUAAGUAACAAUAACAUACACAGACUAUCAAUUUUAAUGUUUUUAUAAGUAGGGAAGACAGGGAAAAAUGGACAUAUUAAGAAGAACUUUUAUUAUAUCUUUCGAAACUCGUGUUUUACCAAACUUAAAUGCAGUUUCUUGCAUUUCAAUGUACUGUUUUUCGAAAUAAUCGGUCGAAGGUUUUUCAAUGUUUUUAAUAAAAUUAAAACAGACCCAAAAGUAGAACAUUUAUUCGAUGAUUAUCUGCAUUGACAUAUAGUGGGGGAAUACGGACAUGUUUGUAAUAUUUACGUAUGUAUAUCUUCGAAAUUUCGUGAAAUUAGGGGAAUAGGGUUGAGAACUUAUGAAAACUAACGAUAAGAUUAGAAAUUCUAUUUCUAGAUCUAGAUCUAGAUCUAUUUCUAUUUCAAUUUCUAAUUUCCCGAUAAUGUCAAGAACGAGCGGCGACAAGCCAAGUAAUCCGAGUUAGCGCUGCCGGCGCCAAGCGCAUAUUUUUUUACGAACCGUGCGGACGUCAAAGUGUUAAGAUGAGAAUUUAUUUAAGACUCCAACAAUCGAAAGAAACCAUGAAACAAGCAAAAACAGUUUUUCCCGUGGUUAAUUUUUUUUGCGUUUUAAUUUUAGAUUUUUUACAGUGGAAAUCCAAAUUCAUUCGGUUUCAGAAAAAAAGAAAAAGAGAUAGGUGCAAGACCUAGUCUUUAAUCUACGUUCAUCAUCCACUCAAGUGCAGCGAGACCAGAGACCAUUCCCCAUUAUAUUAAUGAGGCUCAAGAAAAUCUAAGCUGAGUGGAUGGAUUCCGUUUGAAAUGAGUUAUCACAGUUUGGGAAUUACAUGCAAAAUAACCAUACCUAAGCAACUCAAGAAAAGUGUUCACUGGCAGAGAGAGAAUGAGAGAAAAACUGAGAAAUGCAAAGGAUAGUAGCUAACACAAUAACAAAAAGUAGCAUAAUUUCAAACAGUAUACGCACUAAACUCGUCGGAAGAAAACCUGACAGGAAAGAUAAAAAAACAGAAUACAAAUAUUAUAAAUAAACUCAGUUAGGAACUAUGAAGCGAAGCCAUAGAUGAAUCAACAACAGAAAAUCGAAGAAUAGAGUAAACCAUUAAAUUAAAUCCAUGUCAACUGAAUUAAUGCGAUAGAGUAAUUCGCAACUAGAUGGGGUUAUAGUUGUAAACGUACUGUGAAUUACAAUAAAUGAAAUGAUUGAAUUUUACGAAGCCGUUUUUUACUUCUUGUUAUUAAUUUGGAGCUUGAGCUUGAGACUGUACACGUCGUAGUUGCCCUCCGUGAUUGACCUGAACCAGUGGAAUUGCACAAAAACACACUGAAUGAUGCUUGGGAGUAACAAAUCAUUCUCAUUGUGCAAGUUUCGGUGAUUCGAGUUUACUUCUUGUUAUUGAGUUGGAGAUCGAACAACUUGACCUUUCCAACCGAUUCGCUUUCAUUCCUUACCGAUUCAUGACUGACCAGACCGACUCGAAAAGUAUAGUAGUAAUAGUAAUAGUACUUGGACUAUUGAUACACGAUUAUAAUCUAUAUUUCGUAAGUGCCGCAUUUCGGUUGGUUGAAACAUGUGUAGUGCUUGUACUAGUUUUUAAGUUGUGUUGUUAUUAUUUGCUCUCUGCGACUAGGAUAGAUAAACUUGACCAAAUAAAAUAUCAUGCAGAGUACUCUUGAACGCGGUGCAGGCUUAAUG